UUGGUGGCACAACUGUCACAGAGUAUUCAGACCUGUAACUCACAGCUGACAAACAUCAGGUGGAUGUGAGGAGAUAUGAAGAUGACACGAUGAUAUCAAAGAUGUGUCAGCUUGUCUUGGAUUACAUUCCUGGUGAACUCUGCAUGGAAAUACUCCUCAGACAACCCAUGAUGGAAUACUAACAACAUUAAGCAUCCACUUGUCAGCAUUGGCAAGAACCGCACAUACUACAACAACUUUGUGUCCUGAGGAGCGAGUUUUGGCGAGGACACCUUCCACAAUGAAAGACCGCUUGGAAGAGCUGCAGCAGAGGGCUCAAGAGUUUUCUGAGGCAGCAAGUGAGAAUACCAAUCCUUUCUCAGGAGAGGGUGAUAAUGAUGACUCUGUGGUGGUCGGGGUCAUCACGCCACAGGCUGUGUUGUUCGAGGAAGAGCCAAUCAUUGAGAAUUUCUUGUCUGAGGCCCAGCAAAUACGAGAUGACAUCACAGUGCUGGAGACAGAGGUACUUAAGUUCACCCAGCAGCAAAAGACCCUGGUGGCCACCAUGCGUCGUUUCAGUGUGAUGAAGAAAGAGAGCAGCAUAACACGAGACAUCAAGCUCCAGGCCGAAAGCCUCCACCGACGUUUAGAUGCCCUUUCAAAACAGGUCCAAAGAACUGAGGACCAGCAGGGACCUACUGCUGUUACAACGAGAAUACAACACUCCCAGCACGCAGCACUCCACCUCAAGUUCCAGCAGGUAAUGCGGCAGUAUAAUGAAGGUCUGCUGACAAAGCAGGAGCGCUGUAAGCACUUUAUUAUCCGGCAGCUGGAGGUAUCGGGAAGGGAUGUGGCGGAGGAGGAGGUAAAUGAGAUGGUCGCCACAGGAAAAUGGGAGGUCUUCAACGAGAACCUGCUGAAUGAUGCCAGAAUCACACGGUCACAGCUGUCUGAGAUCGAACAGCGACACAAGGAGUUGUUGAGCCUGGAGAACAAUAUGAAGGAGCUGCGGGACCUGUUCAUGGACAUUUUCAUGCUGGUGGAGGAACAGGGGGCCUACAUUGAACACAUCCAGACCAAUGUAGAGAGGACACAGGACUAUGUGGCUGCGUCUAAUGAGAAGUUCAAGCUGGCUGCCAGGUAUAAGAAGAAGAACCCACUUCGACAGCUGUGCUGCUGCUGCUGCCCUCCCUGGAGAUGCUGCUUAUAGCACAUAUGUAUUUUUUACGUCAACGGUUCUUCCAAAUAAUGUUUUAUUUUGAAAGUCUCACUUACCUGUUGGGAAUUAGCAGCACUGCGUUCAGGCACCAUUAAAGUGAAGGUUAUGGUGCUGCAGGUUUUGAACAGAGCAGCGGUGAAGACAGAUUCAGCGGAGCAUAGAAAACAAUUAGGGGGGAAGGGCCAGAAUUGGUAUUUGAGGCACUUGUUUCUUUCAAGAGGAUGUGAAGCGACCACUAUUGGAGGAGACAGUUCAGUGAGUGCUACUCACCAACACUGCUGCUUAUUGGAGACCUUCACUGUCAUCUGACAGAGGUCACAAACAAGGGGAGAUCACUGCCUCUGACACUGCAAGAUCAGCAAGACUGAUAUUUUACU